AUGACUAUGAACCAGGACACCAUCCGGAACAUCGUCGGAAUUUUUGGCAAUAUCAUCUCUUGUGGCUUGUUCUUGUCACCUCUGCCGACAUUUAUACAGAUCAUAAAAACUAAGGCUGUAGAGCAGUUUUCUCCGAUCCCCUACCUCGCGACGUUGCUCCAAUGCAUGCUUUGGCUUUUCUAUGGCCUCCCCUUCGUCCACCCCAACAGCCUUCUCAUCGUCACCAUCAAUGGUAUUGGAUUAGUUUUUGAGACCACAUACCUCUCCAUCUUCUUCGCCUAUGCUACGCGCGAAGGCAGAUUGAAAGUGCUCAAGAUAUUGGCAAUAGAGAUUCUCUUCAUGCUAGUGGUGGUAUUGCUGGUGCUCCUAUUAACCCACACGACAACCAAGAGGUCGUUCAUUGUGGGCAUUCUUUGUAUCAUCUUUGGAACUUGCAUGUAUGCCUCUCCUCUUGUAGUGAUGAAACUUGUGAUUCAGACAAAAAGCGUGGAAUACAUGCCCUUCACACUCUCUUUUGUCAGCUUCAUUAAUGCAGUUUGCUGGACCACCUAUGGUCUCCUCCCCUUUGACAUCAACGUCCUCGUUCCAAAUGGUUUGGGAGUCAUUCUUGCCUUUGCCCAACUGGUUCUCUAUGCUUGUUAUUAUAAAUCCACACCGAAAAAGGAAGACAACGCUGAGAUCGAGCUAUCUGUUUAA